GGGGGCCUGCUUAAGGGAGGUCUGGGCAAACCCAUUUAUGCCCUGAACACUCCCCUCUCUACCCCUCCCCAUUCUCCUUUAUCCUUCUAUAACCCUUUUUUGUGCAAGCGUCCCGGGACCCCGCAUUUUGAAUAGCAGCAAACACUGGGUCUCCACAUGGUAUUUUGAUUGUGGUGCGUCCGAUUUCCGUUACAUUCAGGCGUGCUACUGAUGCUUGACUGCAUUUGAAUAAAGAACCAUUUCAAGUAGCAGUAAUCACCCCGAGCCAUGAGGUUCCUGUGGCUUCUGUUCUUCUUCCUGUGCCUCCCUGUCCUGCCCAGCACUGAGGCCAAACGCCAGAGCUCCGACAACAAGAUGUCGCAGCCCCCACCACCACCAGCGGCAGGAAAGAAGCCCAAGAACUCUGUCCCCAGCUCAGGAGGGUUCAGCACAAAGGUUGGCCACAACUGUACCUGGGAUACGUCCGGGGAGGGCGUAGUGAACUUGCUUGUCAGCUGUAGAUCCGAGGAGCAGACCUACUGGUGCCGCUACGCUGGACAGCCAGACCUGUGCCAAGCCUACACUGACAGGAAAGCACAGGUCAGGCAUUGGAAACAAUUGGUGGGCAAGCUGAAGAAGAAGAGGAGUGCGUGCGAUGGUGAAAAGGUGCUAAAGACCCGCUCAUGCAAGGCCCCCAUGGAGUCGCACAUGAAGCUCAAAGAGAAGGGGAAAGGCGGAGGCAAGAAGGAUCCAGUGCCCCUGGUUCCGGAAAUGGUAGAGAAGGAGGAGAAGAAAGAGGAGAAGAAAGAGGAUAGGACUCCGUUGUUAGAGGAGAGGGAUGGGGAGGUGAACGACAUGGAGCCAGUGGAGAGGGAUGGGGAGGUGAACGACAUGGAGCCAGUGGAGAAUUACUGUGCCGAGGGAUGGCAUUCUGUCUGCUCAUUCUUUGUAAGUUUCUUUGAAGGUUAAAGUCUUUGUAUGGUUUUUGUAAGAUAAAAAAGAGACAAAGCUGAUGAACUCACCUUUGUAUCCGGGCUUACUUCUUUGCUAGGUAAACAAAAAUGUUUUUGUAUAAAGUGAUAUAGAGCCUAAAUAUAGGCUGCAGAGAUUUAUUUGUGUUUAUUUUAUUGCGAAACUAAUCUUAUCUUCUACAGACAAUAUUUGCUACUGUUCAUUUGUAGUAUCUAGACUUGUAUCAGAUUUAUAUUUUUUAACUUUAACACAGCAUACAAAAUUCUACCUGCGAAUUAACAUACCGUACUAUAUAACCAUUUAACAGUUGUUCGACUCAUUUAAUAAAUCAACACAGAUGA